AUGGUCUCCGCUAAGACUCUCGUCUCGCUCGUCCUCAGCGCCACUUUGGCCACUGCGACCCUCCAGCCCGCCUCUUCCAACACCAAGGGAAAGUGCCCCGGCUCUGUGAGCUGCUCUCCCGCUAAGACGUCCAACGCCAUCCAGGCCGCCGAGUGUGCCUACAACACCCGCACUUCUGAAACCCAAACUUUCGCUGUCUUCAAGACCGACCACCAGUAUGACACCUCGAACGGCGCGCCCUACGGCACGUGCGAGGCCUACACCUGCACUGCGCCCACGAACGACGAGCUGACCGAGUCGGACGAUGAUUGCUGGACUUUCUUCUGGAACGACAACGGCUCGUCUUCGGGUGUCGGCACCAGCUGCAUCAAGAGCCCUGAUGAUGGAACUUGCGGAUGUGAGAACUCAUCCGGAGAGUUUGUCUACGGCGGCUCGAACUGCUCUUAG